AUGAACCUACAACGAGUCGGCUUGUCGGCCAUUCGUGGCCCGGCGAGACCAAAUGUCUUUUUCAGGCAGGACAUUCCCAAGCCGGCUGUCGCCCGCCUCUUGUCGCAACACUCACGAAGCCCACCGACCAUCGUGCGAGUGAGCGCCAAAGAAGGCCACGACAUACUCAUCAAACAACGCCUCAACCGGCCCGUCACCCCUCACCUCAGCAUCUACAAGAUCGGCCAGGUCUGGCUCAGCGCCUCGGCCUGGACCCGAAUCACCGGCAUCGCUCUUGGAGGCACAGCGUACCUCACCCUCUGUGCCUAUGCCGUCGCCCCGCUCUUUGGCUUGCCGUUCGACUCGGCCGCGGUAGCGUCGGCUUUUGGGUCUUUGCCCUUUGUCGUCAAGGCGGCUGUCAAGUUUGGCCUUUUGGGUUUCCCGUUCUCGUAUCACUUCAUCAAUGGGGUUAGACACUUGGUCUUUGACUUGGGAUUCGGUUACAAGAAGGCGCAGUUCAGAAAGUCGGAGGCGGCUACUUGGACACUUAGCAUAAUUGGUGGACUUGUUCUAGCCUUUUUCCUCUAA